AUGGAGGGCGUCUUCGCCCAGCACAGCGUGAGGGUCCUUCAAGAGCUCAACCGCCAGCGCCAGAGGGGCCAGUUUUGCGAUGCCACCCUCGCCGUGGGCAGCCUGGUCUUCAAGGCCCACUGGAGCGUCCUGGCCUGCUGCAGCUCCUUCUUCCAAGCCACGUAUGACGGCGGCGGCGGUGCCAGCGGCAGCAAAAUCCUCCUUCCGGAGAGCUUCCUGGAGGCCUUCGCCCUCCUCCUCGACUUCUUCUACACCGGCCACCUGGCCGUCACCUCGGACAACCGGGACAGGCUACUGGAGACGGCCAAGGAGCUCCGCGUCCCGGAGGCCGUCCAGCUGUGCCAGGAGUUUCAAGCCGCUCUCUCGCCGGGCGGCGACGUUCCUGGCGACAAAAUCCCUGACGCCACCUCGCCGGUGGAGGAGUCGACUUGCGAGGCUGAGCUCCCUGUCCCCCCGUCCUCGGAAAGUCCCCGGACCCGGGGCGUCCAAGGAGCUCAGGGGCCACGGGACGGCCCCGCCCUCCCCCGGGGGAAGUUGAAAAGGGUCCCCAAAACUAACGUUGUAAGCCGCGCAGGCGACGUAAAGGAGACCCCGGAAUGUAAGGAACUUAAACGGCCCCUGAAAAACGAAGCCGCCGAGGAUGCGGGCGCCAGUCACGAGAAGACCCCAGAGGUCCUGGGAUCGAGCGACCCCCCUUCCGAAGAUCACAACGGAGGAAGGGAAAAAGACGACACGGAUGAAGAUUACGUCCCCGCUCCAAAGAGCAUCCGGGGGAGAAAAAGACCGUCCUUAACCAGAGCCUCUCGCAACGGCUCCAAAAGCCCCGGAAGCAGCCACAGUCACAAGUCUGCGGCCCUCAGACCCCGCAGAGGCACGGCUGAACUGGUGGAAUGUCCCACCUGCCAUAAAUCUUUCCUCAGCAAAUAUUAUCUGAAGGUGCACAACAGGAACGAACGGCCGCACGUCUGCGAGUUCUGCCAGCACGCCUUCACCCAGAAAGCCAACCUCAACAUGCACCUCCGGACCCAUACGGGCGAGAAACCCUUCCAGUGCCACCUCUGCGGGAAAACCUUCCGCACACAAGCGAGCCUGGAUAAGCACAACCGGACCCACACGGGGGAGCGCCCCUUCAGCUGCGAGUUUUGCGCCCAGAGGUUCACCGAGCGAGGCCCGCUCCUCAGACACGUGGCCAGCCGGCACCAGGAAGGGCGGCCACACUUCUGCCAGAUCUGCGGGAAAACGUUCAAAGCGGUGGAACAGCUGAGGGUCCAUGUCCGUCGACACAAAGGGAUGCGGAAGUUUGAGUGCACGGAAUGCGGAUACAAAUUCACACGGCAG